UAUUAGCUCUGUUUUCAAGUGACUUCGGCUUUGGAUGCAUUUUUUUCUAUGCAUUUUCUUUAACCAUGUAAAUUCUGCUGAGUGACAGGUGCGCGUGAACGAGCCAGUGCAGCCGACAGUUCGAACGUUGCGAUUUAAAAGUAACGGUUCUUUUGGAUACUUGACUUUAAGCGGAAUGUUGACUUUUAUUUAAAGUCUCAAGCAUGACAAUAUUUCUCCGGGAACAGACAGAAAAUCUGCGACUUCUGUUCAGUUUGAAAUCCACUUGGAUUGAGUUCACCUUAAGCAGAGUUGCAUCCACAGAACUACACUCAGAUUCUGCUUCUCAGCUUGGCAACUUUCACCUGGACUAACUCCUCCCUGUGGACAAUAUUCAAAACCAAAGACUCUUUAUGUCAUGUGGAAAACUGCAGAAUUGCCUUUAUAAAACCAACUGCAGCCAUCAAUGGAACUUCAAUGGAAUAAAGGAAUAUUCUGACCCAGUAGUCUGAAACACAGGAGAAUAUAUUAAAAUAUUUUCUAGCAUUUCGUAGGAGCAGAAAUUGAGGGAUAUCCUGUUCUUAUGGUAGACUAAGGGACACUUAACACAAUAAUGAGGGGAUAAGACCAUCAAGGCACUGAUUUAAGGGCUAAAGGAAUAAAUAUUUUUUACAACAAGGGUAAUGAUGAGCACAAAGGGUAAUACAGGUUUCUUGUUUGUUCUGUGGCACUUAACUUUCUGUGCAUCUGAAUAUUGCACAAAAAUAAAAUAGAAAUCAUAACCAGUUCAUGCAGUGGAAUAAAACAUGAAUUAUGGUUCACAUUGACUCAUGAUCUUCGCAAUGGGGAAGCACCAUCAAUAUCUACUCCAAAAUCAACUAACUCUUUCAUUGCAAGACAGUUUUAAUGGAAUAAUUUAGCGUUCAUGCCAACAGAAUCAGCACCGAUGAAAAGAACCGCUGACAGAGCACUGGUGUUUAACUUCUAACAGCAGGUGAACAAUGCAAUAUGGAUCAGGUCAACAGCACAGAUGAGUUUUCCCUCAUCAACGCUACGGUCAGUCCCACAACCUUGGCAUCCUGGGAUGCAACAACGCUCCUUAGCCUUCAGAUUUCCCUCUCUGCAAUGCUAGCGAUCGUCACUUUAGCCACUGCUCUGUCCAAUGCUUUCGUAAUUGCAACUAUCUUUCUCACACGCAAGCUACACACACCUGCCAACUUUCUGAUUGGCUCUCUAGCAGUGACAGACUUACUGGUGUCUAUUUUAGUCAUGCCAAUCAGCAUUGUGUAUACGGUCAGUAAGACUUGGACUCUGGGCCAGAUAGUGUGUGAUAUUUGGCUAUCAUCCGACAUAACUUUCUGCACAGCUUCAAUCCUGCACCUUUGUGUGAUCGCAUUGGACCGAUAUUGGGCCAUAACCGAUGCCUUAGAGUACUCAAAGCGACGUACCAUGCGCAGAGCGGGACUGAUGAUCGGUGUAGUGUGGGUGAUAUCUGUCUCAAUCUCCAUGCCACCUCUCUUCUGGAGGCAGGCCAAGGCCCAUGAAGAGCUUACAGAAUGCAUGGUCAACACUGACCAGAUCUCUUACACACUCUAUUCCACUUUUGGCGCCUUUUAUGUCCCAACAGUCCUCUUGAUCAUUCUUUAUGGACGAAUCUAUGUGGCGGCUCGUUCCAGGAUCUUCAAAACGCCAGCAACGAGCGGAAAACGCUUCACCGCCGCUCAGCUCAUCCAGAAUUCGGCAGGCUCUUCGCUCUGCUCAAUAAACUCCACCACUAACCAGGAAGGCCAUCUUCAUCCUGGAGGUGGAGGAGGUGGUGGUGAAGGAGGGGGGUCUCCUAUUUUUGUGAACAGUGUGAAAGUGAAAUUAGCCGAUAGCAUUCUGGAAAGAAAGCGUCUUUGUGCCGCUCGGGAGAAGAAGGCCACCAAAACUCUUGGGAUUAUCUUGGGUGCAUUUAUCGUGUGCUGGCUUCCGUUCUUCGUGGUUACAUUGGUGAUGGGGAUCUGUAAAGACUGCUGGUUCCACCCUGUGCUCUUUGAUGUGUUCACUUGGCUGGGGUACCUGAACUCCCUCAUCAAUCCAGUCAUCUACACUGCCUUUAAUGAUGACUUCAAACAAGCCUUCCACAAACUCACUAAGUUCAAAAGAUGUUACUAAGGGAAUAUGGCAAAUCUGCUCCCUGUGUUUUGACAACUUCAUGACAUAAUUAGCUGAUUUCUCCUGAAAAUAUAGUGUAACUUUUGUUGUGCAUCAGCCGUGGAGGACUUUCAUUACUUUCAAUACUCAUUCUCCUGCAUUUAUUGUCAGUGAACUUCUCAACAUACUCAUAGUGUCUGGUCACUCUAGAAUACUGUUUCAUGAAAUCUUAUAAGACAGCUUGUAAAAUCAUGUGCCAUAUUGUUAAUGCUUCCUUGUAGUUUAUGAAUGCAUGCUAAGAAUCUCAUUCCUGGACCAGAAAGUGACAUUCUACUGUCUCUGUAAACAAUAGAUAUUUAUAAACUGCCUUAUUUACCAGAAAGUGAAAUUAAAAUGAAAGACAAACUUUAUGGUUGCUGUUCCCUUAGGAACAAGAAAUACACUAUGUGCGACUCUGAGGACAGUGCUGAGAGUUCAUGGACAUUAGCACAGACUUC